AUGAGUUAUAAUAACAAUUAUGUAGAUUUCAAUAUUCAUGAUCGUAGAAAAACAAACAAUGCGAAUUUUAAGGAGGAAGAGAAUUCUUGGAGUAAUAUGAGUUUCAGCAAAGGUAAUAAUUUGAAUAAUAAUGUAAUGAAAAGAGGAGGACAUAUGGAUAUAACAAAUAAUAAAAAUUUUAUGGAUAUAAAUAUUAACGAUAUGAAUAGAAUGAAUAAUAUGAAUAAUUUUUAUAGUGGGCACGUUACAGAUGUUAAUAAUACGGAAAAUGACGAAUCAGCACAUUUAUUAAAUAAAAAUGUACAGGUGGAUAAUACGUAUGUAAAUAAUUUGAUUAAUCCAAAUGAUAACGUGACUCACCCUUUUGCAAAAAAUAUAAACAAUAAUACGUCCUCAUCAAAUUAUGUGUCAGCUCAUCCUAUUAUAGGAAGAAACAAAACGAAGGACAUAUCAAAUAGUAGUUAUAAUAAUAGGAGUAAUACCAGUACAAUAAAUAAUCAUAAUAAUAAUAAUAUUAAUAAUAAUAAUAAUAAUAUUAAUAAUAAUAAUAAUAUUAAUAAUAAUAGUAAUAUUUUUAAUAAUAAUGAUAAUAAAAAAUAUUCUUAUAUCCAUAAUUCAAACACAACCAUGAUGAAACCAUCUAAUAUAAUAUUAAAUCAUCAUCACAAUAAUAAUAAUAAUAAUAAUGUUACAAAUAAUUUAGGUAGUACCAAUUUUAAUGUAAAUAAUAAAGUUUCUAGCCAUAGCAAUUUAUUAUAUAAUAAUAAAAAUUUCUCAAACAAUAAUAACAAUAAUUUUUUUCAAAAUAAUAAUAAUAAUAAUAAUAGUAGUAGUAGUAAUAAUCGAAUUAGUAACUCUAACCUAGCGAUAGAACAAAAUUAUUGUAACCAAUUUUUAAAAAGUAACGAUUCAAAGGAAGGAAGAAAUGUAGUUUUAUCAGAUAAUCUUCCUUUUGUAAAUAAUGUUAAAGUUGAUAAUGAUUUAAAUAAUAAGAAUAUUUUUAAUAAUUAUAAAACAAAUUAUAAUGAUAAAAAUUUCGAACAAAAUAAUAUGAACAUAUCAGGUAAUAGUAUGAACCAAUUUAAUAAUAAUAUGAACAGUUCAGGUGAUAAUAGUUUUGUUGGAAGUGUAGUUAGUAGUGUUAUAGGAUCGACUGCAUCGAAUUUUUUUCAGAAUAAAUUUUUAAAUAAUAAAGAGAGCAACGUUGAAAGCAAUAAAGGAAUUGUACAUAAUAUAUUUGAAAGAUUAACAAAUGAUAAAGAAUCAAAAAAUGAGAUAAAUAAUUUGGUACAACAAAAGGUUGCGAAUAUGGUGAUCAAUGAAAUAGAGAAAAAAAUUGAAAUAAAUCAAACUAGUUUUAUAUGUAACAAAUUAUCUGUUUUGAGAGAAUAUUUUGAUGUAACUCAUGCAUAUGUUAUACAGAAAAUAUUAUUUAUAUUGAUUCCUUAUAUAUAUAUUCGAAAGGCUUUAUGUGAAUCAAGAACAUAUUAUGUAUAUACACACUUCAAAAGAAAAAUGGAAUCGUCUGAAAAAAAUAAAACAUUUAAUUCUGCAUUUAUUUUAAAUAAUGAUAAUAGUAAUUUUACUAGGCCGAAUUCGAGUAUAAAUAAUGAAUAUGCGCAACAACAAGGGGGAAGCUUUUUUUAUAAUGAUAAGAGUAAAGGAUAUAUGAGUAACACACAUAAUAAUAUGAACAAUAAUGUGAAUAAUAAUAUGAACAAUAAUAUGAACAAUAACAUGAACAAUAACAUGAACAAUAACAUGAACAAUAACAUGAACAAUAACAUGAACAAUAACAUGAACAAUAACAUGAACAAUAGUAUGGCACGACAUAAUUCAAACGAUAUUAAUUAUGUUGAUUAUAGUAAUGUGGGUAUUUUUAAAGCAGAUUUAUAUAUCCCCUUAAUGUCAAGUAUUACAUAUAUAUUAUUAUACACAUUAACAAUAACCGCACAAAAACAAAAUGCAACUUUUAAUCCCGAUAACUUGUUUAAUAUAUCAUCAUAUGUAUUUAUCUUACUAUUUUUAGAAACAGCUAUUAUAAAAUUUUUAUUUUUAUUAACAUGCAGAGAUAUUAAUUUAUCCUUUUUACAUAUUCUUUCUUUUAUAUCAUAUAAAUUUGUUAUUAUGUGUGCUUUAAUUAUAACGAAAAUAUUUUUUUAUUUCCUUUAUUUUAUGUAUGCGUCUGUCUUUGGGGGUGGAGGGACAUUUCCUGAUAUCAGCAUGAAAAAUAAUCUUCAUGUGAAUAAAAAAAUGUUAUCAAAUAAUUCACACAAUACAUUCAAAAAUAUGAAUUAUCAAAAUAUUAGUAAAUUCAGUCCAUUCAAUAUUGUGUUAUUUUUAAAUAGUACGACUACAUAUAGAUUAACACAAUUAUAUUUUUAUAUAACUGUGACUAUACAGAUGAUACAAAUUUUUAAGUCAAUACAUUUAUAUAUACAUGAUAAUAAUUCUAAUUUGUCACAUAAGGUUAAUAUCAAAAGGAUUAAUGUGCUUAUACUUAUUUUUUCUUUAUCACAAAUAUUUUUAUGCUGGAUACUUACACCAUCUUUUACAUAA